UAAAUUUGUUAUAUCCUAAGAGAGAUGGGUGUCACUGGCUUAUGGAAGCUAAUAGAGCCUUGUGGAAAACCAGUGCCUGUGGAGACAUUGGAGGGAAAAGUGCUUGCCGUUGAUAUUUCCAUAUGGCUUCAUCAGGUUGUAAAAGGUUUUCAAGACAGCAAAGGAUCGGCUCUAAACAAUGCGCACCUUUUGGGCCUAUUUCAUCGCCUGUGCAAAUUACUCUACUACCGUGUGCGGCCGGUGUUCAUAUUUGAUGGCGGCGUGCCGCAACUAAAGCGCGAUACAAUUGCGCGUCGCCAGCAACAACGCGGCAAAAUCAGCAACGAGGCUGAUCGCAUACAGGCACUGCUGCUGCAAUCGUUGGCCAAGGAGAAGGUGGUGCAACAGGCAUUGGGUACAAAUGCAGAGCUACUGCUGAAGUCGCCAUCAAAACGGGCAGUUGCGGGAAAGUCCAGCAAAAAUGAUGAAGACGAUCUCUUCAAGUUGCCAGAACUACCAGAAGCAUCCGCUGCUCAAAACGGCGAAUCGGACUGCGAAUUAGAUAAUCAGGAGUAUACAAGUGGAAACGCUACUUCGGACAGUUCCUUUGAUGAGUCAACCGCACGGCAUACUUAUAAUGCCAGCUUGCAAGGUAUCGAUGUACGUAGCCAGCACUUUAAAAGCCUGCCAGCCGAUAUACGGCAUGAAAUAUUAACAGACAUUAAAGAAACGCGCAAGCAGUCGUCCUGGGGUCGCCUCCAUGAGCUCCCAGCACGAAGUAAUGACUUUUCCUCUUUCCAAAUGAAACGAUUAUUAAAGCGACGCGCCGUUCAGGAAAGCCUCGAGCAAGCGCAACAAGAAAUGGGCGGCCACACUCUGACGUAUGCAGAGCUGUCGGAUUUUUUCAGCGAAGAAGGUAUUGUCACGCCCACAGCUAUUGAGCAGAGUACGCGUCAAAUAAGUUCCGAUGAACACACCCGAUUCUUGUUAGUACGGGAUCUUAAGAAAAAGACUAUGGAGGAUAGUCAUAGAGUGGCGCACAAGAGCUUUGAGACAAUUGCCGAAGAAAGCGCUUCGUUUGCCUUGGAAUCUGAUGAAAGUCCUGGUACGUCGACGAAAACGGUAACCGUGAAAAAGUCGCCCCCACCUAACGAUACACUCAAUAAGGAACCGGGCGCUGCACCUAAUGGUGAUUAUGAACUGGCAUUAGCAUUAUUUCUUGAUGAAUCUGGAAAAGUAUACGACGAGGAGGACUAUAACUAUAAUACGGAUCAGGACUUGCGCCUAAAUCGCGAACAAAGCAAGUGCUUGCGCCAUGCUGCCAAGGGACCAGCGCGAGCGUAUAUGAUUGAAUACGCUGGUAUGAACGACGAGGAGGUGGAAAACAUCAUGGAAUCAACACAAUUGAAUGAUACUCAGAGCUUAGAGCGUUUUCUUCAUAACAAAAGUGCUGAUGAUAAGAUAACAGAAGUGGAUAUGGCAAAUAAUUCUAUUGAAAAAGUCAAACAAGUCUCUUUGGCUGUUGAAGGGAGAAAAAAUGAAUAUCUCGACAAACCAGAUUCAGUUCAAGCCAUUGACAGCGAUACUGAUUCAGACUUGGAAGAGGUUACUGACACAAAGGAAAUGCCUGCAAAAACUGUCCUCGAAAUUUGUGUAGGCAUUAAAGAUCAAUUGAACCAAGAGGAUGAUCUCUUUUCGGACAUUUUUAAAAAUGAGUACCAGGUAAAGGCUGGUGUCCUCCAGGAAGCUGAUGCAGAAGACACAAAGGAUACUGAGAAAAGUAACAUGUGUGCGAAUCAGGCAGAUAACAACGAACGUGGAGAUUAUAACAGCACAGAUUUGAAAAUAAAGUGUAAAAAUGUUGCCAAGUUCAUUGAUUCAAAUGAUUCGAAAGUAAAGAAUAGUGAAGAAAGCAAAAUCCUAGAACAGAAGUCAGUUGAAACUAUUGUGAUACACGACAAAGAGAAACAAUCUGACUUUAAUGCAAAAAUAACAGAAAAAGAGGUCGAACUAAGCUCUAUACUUUCUGAUCUUAAAAGGCAAACAGAAGAGAUUAAAAAUACUAAAUUCGAUCUCUCCGAUGAAAAAGAACAGCCGAAUGUUGGUCUGACCUCUAUACUUAGUGAGCUAAGGCGACAAACGGAUGAAGUGAAGAAUAUAAAGCUGGAGUCUGUUAAGGUAAACAAUAGCAUGGCUAUUGAAUUAUCCUCCGACGAUGAGCCCGCCAAAGAAACAACCUCUCCCAUAUCCAAAGAUAUUAUUGAGCUUUGUGACAGUGAUAACGAAAUGAAUCGCACAUCGCCAAAUAAGACUCCCAGCAAGAACAAAGCAAUAACCGAUUUCUUUCAGACUACAUAUAGUAUAAAACGCACUCCCGAUAAGCCAGCGGAACCACAUAUUACUCCUCCCGCAUCUCCAAUGGUACCCAAGCCGUUCUACGUAAAGCGUACACCCAAAUCGGAACGUAAGGGUGCAGGAAAGGAGCUGAGGGACAAUUCCGUCUCACCCAAUACGAAAUCUAGCAAAGCUGCAAAAUCGCUGUUUAAAGAAAAUGAAGGGAAGGAUGUGGCUAAGCCAGCUAUCACCAAGGAUAUCCUUCAAGAAGCAGCGGAAGCUUUAAAAACUCAAAAGACAGCCGAGGAACUAGAGACAAUGGCUACAAGUUUGGCCCGUGAGCGCCGUGAGUUGGAAGCAGAACGUAAUCGGCAGGAUCGAAUGGGCAUGUCCAUUAGUCAACGCAUGAGCAAUGAUUGCCAGGAGCUGUUGCGCCUGUUUGGCAUACCAUACAUUGUGGCGCCAAUGGAAGCAGAAGCACAGUGCGCCUUCCUCAAUGCCGUAGGGAUAACUAAUGGUACCAUAACGGACGAUAGCGAUAUCUGGCUUUUCGGUGGUCGUACAGUAUACAAAAAUUUCUUUGCUCAAAAUAAGCAUGUGCUUGAGUUUCGAGCCGAACAGAUUGAGCAGACAUUUAAUUGCAGCCGCGAUAAGCUUAUUCAGCUUGCCUGUCUCGUUGGCAGUGAUUAUACCACAGGCAUACACGGCAUUGGCGCUGUAACUGCUCUUGAAAUACUCGCGUCCUUUUCGACUUUAACUCCAAACACUGGACCUACAACCUCGCCUCCAUCCUCCAGUAGGCCAGGCGCUGUGUCCAUGCAGUCUGUGCUGUCCACUUUAGUAAAGUUUCGAGACUGGUGGCAGGCGCAUAAGAACGCCAACAUACCUAUCGGUAGUUCUGCACGUCUUUCGCUGCUCAAGAAGCUCAAGAACAUCGAGUUGCAUGAGGGCUUUCCCAGUUCGUCCGUAGUGGAGGCCUACUUAAUACCCAAGGUGGAUGAAAACCGUGACGCUUUUAGUUGGGGAUCUCCCGAUAUUGAGUCUAUACGCGAAUUUUCGCGCAAAUUCUUUGGCUGGACCACCUCGAAAACAGAUAACAUUCUUAUGCCGGUCAUAAAGAAAAUCAACGAAAAGAAGAUACAAGGCUCGAUACGCAAUUACUUUACAGCGAAGAGCGCGCUGCGAGUGCAGCAACCACAGGUCAGCAAACGUGUUCAGACGGCAAUCGAUAAAAUGUCUGGUAAGAUUGAAACGGAAACAACGGAGCAAUUGAACCGGCCAAGCCGUCGAGCACGUAAAAAGAAGGCAGCCGAACCGCAGGAAGAUGCAACAGACGAAGAUCGUCCUGCUCGUCCAAAGUGCGUCAGACGGAAAGCAACGACAGCAACAGCCACAGUCACAGCCACAGCCAACAGAGAGGUAAUACCGCAGAGAGAACGAGAUUUAGAGCAAAUGCGUCAAAACAAGGCAAAGGCAGCAGUUAUCUUAAGGGCAAGUGCCAAGGCUUCCAAAUAAAUUAUUUCCAUAUUUUGCUUAAAAUAUAUUUUUAUUUCCCCUGUAACUUCUUAUGGCGCUUUCGUCUAGAAUA